AUGAGCACAUCGGAGAAGACGGCGACCGCGACGGCGACCGCGACGGCGCGUGUUUCAACGCUCCUUCUUCCCCAAGACAUUCUCGUCGAGAUCCUCUCCAAACUCCCCGCUAUAUCGCUAGUACGAUUCAGGUGCGUUUCUAAAUUCUUUUGCGCUCUCGUAGCUGAUCAUGGCUUUGGCGUUCUGCAUCGCAGCUUGUCCUUGACAAUUCCCAAUAGGGCGGCCAUCCUCAUCUCUAUCAUACCUCUAAAGCCGCCGCCCUCCGCCUGUGCGUAUUACACCAUAAAUUUCAGCGAAGAAAACCCACAGCGGCCGGGAAUGCUCCAAGCCAACCGUCUCGGCUACUUGGACGCUGAACCCUUUCUGAAAGGCUGUCUACACUCCUCCUCCGACGGCCUGAUUUCUCUGUCCAGACCCAAUGGAGACGUCAUUGUUUGCAACGUUUGUACGGGACAGCGUAUUUCCCUUCCGACAAUCCAAUCCUAUAUAUAUUUAUCGUGUCCACACUUGGGGUUUGAUUCACAAUCUAAAAGAUACAAGGUUUUGAUGUCAACCUAUACGAUUGAUCCAGGCAGCAGGCCCAUGUAUAAGCAUUGGAUUUUGACUGUGGGAGUGGAUAAAUCAUGGAGGGAGAUCAACUGCUCCUAUUCCUACCCCUUCUGCUCUAGCUAUGCUUGCCCUUCCUACUGCUAUAAUAUUAGUGUCAACAUUGACGGUGUUAUCUAUUUCUAUAAUUGGCUGACUGAACCUAACUAUCUUACCUUCCAUAUAGUAGCAUUUGAUGUUGGGUAUGAGAGUUAUUCUUUGAUACCAUUUCCAGCUGAACUUUCAUCAUUGCAGUAUUAUUCAGCUUCAUUUACCGAAAAAUAUCACGUUCUUUACGGAAAGUAUGCAUUGCUACAAGUUGAUGGAGGUCGACUGGCUAUUGUUCUUGUUCGCCAAAAAGGCCACCAAUUCUAUAUUAAUGUUUGGACUUGGGAAAAAUCUAAGGAAUUCUGGGAGAAGAUUCUUAUGACCAUUUCAUUAGGAGAGGAUAGAACAAUGACUAGAGUUAGAUACCUGCGCCAUACUACGAAUUAUGCUGGGGAGAUUGUGUUGUUAUGUAGAAAUAGUACUCAAUUUUUCAUUUUGGUUUGUAACUUGAAAAGUGAGGUUUGGAGAAAAUUUGAUGUAGGUGGAAUUGAAGAAUUUUCAAUUCUUUACCCUAUGGAUGUUAGAAUGUACAAGACUAUGGACAAUGUGUUUGGGGGUUAG